AUGGAUAGCUUAAGUGAAUUUCCCGACGCACUGCUCUUGAGUAUAUUGUCUUUUCUGCCUGCGAAAGAUGUCGUGGCCACGAUGGUUUUGUCCAAACGAUGGCAACCGCUUUGGAAGAUGGUGCCAAGCCUCAUAUAUGAUGAUGACAGCGAUGAAAGUUUUCCUCGGUUUGUGGACAGGUCUUUGCUUUUGCAUGAGGCACCAGUUAUAGAAACUUUGCAUUUCAAACUUGGUGAAGAUUCUGGUGCCGUUGAUAUCGGAGUAUGGACCAGAACUGCACUUAAACGCUGUGUGCGUAAGCUGAUUAUCAAGACGGACUGUUGUAUUAACAGUACAGAUCCAGUGAUACUUCCUAGGAGUGUGUACACAGGGUGUAACAUGCUUGUGAGAUUGAAACUAAAGAAAGUGGUUCUUUUGGAUGUUACUUCUCCAAUCUCUUUCCCAUGUCUCAAGAAACUGAGCCUUAAAUGUGUGAAAUACCCAAGUGUCGAGUUUUUCCAGAGGCUUUUAUCUACUUGUCCUGUUCUUGAAAUCUUGGUUGUGAAACACUGUCCAGAUGACAAUGUGGCCAUUUUCACCAUCAAAGUCCCUUCUCUGAAGAGUUUAGUCUUGACUAAUAAAUCAGAUCCGGAAAAUACAGAUAUUGUAUCUGGGUUUAUGAUAGACACUCCUUCUUUAGAGAGCUUUGACAUUUUUGACCGUAAUGAGGGUGGGUUUUGUGUUAUUGAGAAUGAAAUGCCUAAUAUUGUAGAGGCAUAUGUUGACGUCGCUUAUCAUCCUGGGAAUAUUCUGAGUUCUAUUACUUCAGUCAAGCAUCUCUCUUUAUGUAAUAGAAAAUCACCAAAGGAUGCAUAUCCUGUUGGUACAGUCUUCUGCUCUCUUGUGUAUUUAGAGAUGUGGAAAUCAGAAACAGAUUGGUUGAGUCUACUCAUGCGUGUUCUCAAAGAUUCCCCUAAUUUACGAGCUCUCAAACUUGAAACGGUACAUAUACACUACGACGAUGAUGACCGCCCGUGCUGGAGUGAACCGACUUCAGUCCCUGAAUGUGUGAGGGGGAAUCUUGAAACUCUCGAGUGGUCAGAAUAUAAAGGAGCAGAAGAAGAGAAACAAGUAAUAGCAUUUUUGUUACGAAAUUCAAACUGUUUAAAGAAGGCAACUAUCUCCACUGAAUCAACCGACGACCCUAACAAGAAACUCGAGAUGGUUAAGGAGUUGUCGUUGUUUCCCCGGCGUUCACGUACUUGUCAGCUUGCAUUCGACUAA